GCAUCGCAUACGUCGUUUCAGAAAUCCAGUAUCGUUUUCCCUCAGCGAUCUCAGGCUACCAAACGGCAGGUUUUGUUUAGAGCAUUGCGUACGGGAAGCAUCUGUCCUUUCGGAAAGGUCACCGCCGCAACUUGACGAAUAAUCCAGGAAUCGUCUCGUCCGUAUCUUCAAGCAAUUAUCGACAGGUCGAGGAAAUGGAGGAGGAGCAGCAGCAGCAGCGCGGCAAGCUUAGAUCGGGUUCGUCCCGCCGGCGGCGGGAGGCGAUGCGGGCCUUCCGCGCGCUGGACGCCAACGGCGACGGGAUGAUCUCGCAGAAGGAGCUCUCGGAGGUGCUGGAGCGGCUCGGCAGCCGCAACCCGAGGGCGGCGAAAGAUUUGAUCCGAUCCGCGGAUCGAGACGGCGACGAGAUGAUCGACUUCGAAGAGUUUCUGCAGGCGGCGCGGUUCAGCCACCAUGGCUCGUGCCUCCGCUCCUCCCCGGGCCACGCGUCGGACACGUCGGACGAGAGCAAUAGCUUAACGAAUACCGCUUCAGCGAAUACCUCGUGCGAGUCGGAGGAGGAAGAGGAGGAGGAGGUCGACCUGGCGAAGGCGUUUGCUGUGUUCGACCGCGACGGCGACGGCACGAUCGGCGCGGAGGAGCUGCAGCGGGCCAUUUGGGACCUCAGCGGCGAGACGCUGUCUGUGGCCGACUGCACGCGCAUGAUCGCGCGCGUGGACCGUAACGGGGAUGGCCUGGUGGACUUCAGCGAGUUCUCCAAGAUGAUGGAAGGGGUUUUUGGAUGAUGGGGGGGGGGGGGGGGGCAGGGGGCCGGGGGGGAUGGCUUGGCUAGCAUGUGGUGCUUGUUGGAUGCUGUUGAGGGGUGUUGGUUUGGGAGGCGUACUUGAGGGACUCAGGCAGGGAGUAUCCCACCCACCAGAGCUGGCUCACGGUGUAGCAAGUGCUGUGUAAAUAUGUUCAUACUAGAAUGUCAGUUCACGUUUCCUUGCCAUACCAUGCUUUGAUUGAUGUCCUAUUUUCUCCAAUGCCAAGCACAGGCCAUAGA